AUGGACUCCCGGCCCGGGGGGGGGCCCGUUGCUGGGCCGGCCCCCCGGAUGCAUCCAGGGACCCUCCCCAGACAGUCGGGGAAGCUGCGACCCCAAGGGGUCAGCGAGGCCCGCCUCACCCCUCCCCAGGCCAAACCCGGCCCAGAUGUGGACGUGGACGUGGACACGGAUGUGGACGUGGACCUGGAUGUGGGUGUGGAUGUGAGCAUGGACGUGGAUGUGGAUGUGGAUGUGGAUAUAGAUCUGGAUGUGGAUGUGGCCAUGGAUGUGGAUGUGGGUACAGGUCGGGAUGUGGACGUGAACGUGGAUCUGGGUGUGGAUGUGGACGUGGGUGUGGACGUGGAUGUGGACGUGGAUGUGGAUGUGGAUGUGGAUAUAGAUCUGGAUGUGGAUGUGGCCAUGGAUGUGGAUGUGGGUACAGGUCGGGAUGUGGACGUGAACGUGGAUCUGGGUGUGGAUGUGGACGUGGGUGUGGACGUGGGUGUGGGUGUGGAUGUUGAUGUGGAUGUGGAUAAAGAUCUGGAUGUGGAUGUGGACAUGGGUGUGGAUGUGGAUACAGGUCUGGAUGUGGACGUGGGUGUGGAUGUGGAUGUCGACGUGGAAGUGGAUGUGGAUAAAGAUCUGGAUGUGGAUGUGGACAUGGACGUGGAUGUGGACAUGGACGUGGAUGUGGACGUGGGUGUGGAUGUGGAUACAGGUCUGGAUGUGGACGUGGGUGUGGAUGUGGAUGUCGACGUGGAAGUGGAUGUGGAUAAAGAUCUGGAUGUGGAUGUGGACAUGGAUGUGGAUGUGGACAUGGACGUGGAUGUGGACGUGGGUGUGGAUGUGGAUACAGGUCUGGAUGUGGACGUGGGUGUGGAUGUGGACAUGGACAUAGAUGUGGAUACACUCUCCCUCCUCCCACGCCUUGAGCAUGGGACUGAGCCUGGACAUCUCAGGGCAGGGGACCUGCUCACGUGA